UGAUUAUGCAGAGGUUAUUAUGUUAUGAUUAGCAAAAAUAACUGGCUUAUCAAACACUAACCCACAGGUUUCACAGAUGAGUCUUAAGCUAGUCCCAGAUCAAAAUAAAAAUACUCUGACCUUGACGUAUCUUAAAAUAUGUAAUAUGUGUUAAUAAAAGUUAAAUACUUAAAUCUUAACUUAACCAAGGCCUAGUCCUGGCUAAAGCUAAUCCCCGUUUGUGACACUGGGCUUUAAUCUUAUAUGAUGAAGUUCAUCUUGUGAAAACGAUCUUUAAGUGUAUUGGAAGCAAAUGCAGGCGCAAUAAAGUUUGUCAGAUGUUUUAAAGCACGAUGGAGUACGAAGUGCUGUUGAAACGAUCACCUAGGUUACACAAACUACUGAACGACAUCGGCGUGUUUUUUUUUGAGCGCCCACUUCCGCCUUUCUCUUUCCAUUUCGAGUAAAUGGUGUCACGGUCACGGAAUUUUUCUGAGUCUCCUCUCCACGCGCUUCCACCGGAGAUGCUCCGUUCACUCACAGCACAUCUCUCUCGAGAGAUCUCGGAGCACGAUGUCUGGCCUUUUGCGCACUAUCAGUCAGAUCACAGACGAGCUCAGCGCCGACGAAUGCAAGCGGGUCUCCUACCUGUGCGGCGCUCUCGACGCGGACAAGUUCUCCGCCGAUCCCAGAGGCACGUUACAAUCCGUGCUGUGCCAAGCCAGGACGGAUUACACCUUUCUCAUGGAGCUCGUUCUGAGAAUAAAGCGCUACGAUCUGCUGAGAGAAGUGCUGAGCACCGACAAGAGCUCGGUCGAGGGCCUGCUGAAGAACGGCCAUUCUGUGUCCCAGUACAGAGUGCUGAUGGCCGAUGUUGGCGAAGACAUGGACUCGGAGGACCUGAAGUCGAUGAUGUUCUUACUCAAAGGCACUUUACCCCAGAAAAAACUGGAAAAUGUCCAGAGUUUUUUAGACGUUGUAGUGGAGUUGGAGAAGCUCGACCAGCUCUCCAGUGAGAAGAUGGACUUGCUCGAACGCUGCCUGAGGUCCAUCCACAGAGCCGAUCUGGCUCAAAGGAUCCGUCACUACCAGCAGACGGCGCUGAUGGCCGGACAAGGAUCUUCCCCUCCGGACAGGCUGAAGCUCUGCAGAGCGCCCUUGCCGAGCAGCUCGUUCGGUGUCUCGUCCGCUUCCUGCAACGUCCGGCCGGCUUCCAGAGUCUGUGAUAAACCGGCUGCAGUGAAGAAGGAGCAGCUUGGAGCUAGCUUUUAUUGUCAGCAGGAGGAAGUGUACAGUAUGCAGAGUGACCCCAGAGGACUGUGUUUAAUCAUAGACUGUGUCGGCACUGAAGGAGACGCGCUGGAGCAGACGUUCAAGGCCCUGCGCUUCCACGUGAUCACGCGCAGGCUGCUGGGUGCGAGGGACGUUCGGUCCGCUCUGAGGGACGCGGCUCGUCAGCGGGGUCACUGCAGAGCGUCCGUCUUCGUCUGCUGUGUUAUCAGCCGAAGCCGCCGCUCCGAUCUGCUGGCCACCGACUCUCACGGCCCAGGACUGAACCUGGAGAGCGUCAGGCGCCUCUUCACCUCGGACUCCUGCCCGGGCCUGGCAGGCAAGCCCAAGCUCUUCUUUAUCCAGAGCUACGACGAGUCCGAGCGCACGGCGUGUGAGGACGACGAGGAGAGCGGAGAGCUGGAGACCGACGGGCAUGUGCUCUUAUGCUGCGAGGGGACUGUCCCGGCGGAUGCGGACAUCUUCUGGAGUCACUGCUGGACUCGAGGGAAACAGCUGGAGCUGCCAAACCAUCGCUCCGUGUACCUGAAAGCCUUGAGAUGCGCCUUGAGCGAGGGGCAGAAGAGGAGGACUCAUGUGGUAGACUUGCACGUGGCGGUGAAUCGCGCAGUAUAUGAGCACAAUCAGGCAUCUCCAGGAUCCUCUUACUCUUUAAACCUGAGACACACUCUCAGGAAGACGGUCUAUUUGUCUUGAUUCCGUCCCGAAGCCUUCCGUUUCAGUGAAGGUAGACGACUAUUCAAGAACGUCUGGUUUUUGAGCAGAUGAUCAUCAUCGUAAUAUCGUCGGUGUGAAUUGUAUCAGAUAUGAUUUGGAACCGUGUUUCAGCGAGUCUUGUGUUGUUGUAGUUUCCCGUUUCGUCCACACGGGGGCGGUGUCGUCCUGUGAACUUCACCGCCGCGCGCGUUAAACCCGUUUUAGGAUUUUCUUUCUUUAAAACAUGAACUUAUUGCGCUUAGUAAAAUUUACUAGUAUUCAUUUAAUUUAAUAAAUUAGGCAAAGAAAGUCUGAACAAAAGAGAAAAAACAUAACCUAAAGGUUAUAUUCCGUCUAUCCAGAUGCACGUUUUAUAAGCACGUUUAUUGUCGUUUCAUUUGUCGUUGAAUGAAAAUGUUUGUGUAUGUAUAUCUCUUGAACGGGUUAACAAUGAUGUAACUUUAUCAGACUUGUUUUUGUUUUCCUACACUAGCAAAGUGUUUAAAGAAACUAAAACUGUGAAACGGUUCAGUAUUGUUUUUUAUAUGUUUAUGUAAAUUUGACAUCCAAUCCCUUUGCCUUGUUUUGUCACGAGAUUAUUGAAACUAAUAAAUAUAUUUAUACGCUAAAUGAACCCUGAAAAAG